AUGAAGCUCACACAGCCUCUUCUUCUCCUCGCUCUCGUCUCCCACUCGGCGGCACAGCAAAGGACUCGCUCCCGGCUUCGACCAUCUACAACCGCUGAAGAUCUCUCCCCAGCACUCAGCACUCUUCCUCCAGAGGCACUACCAAAGAUCUCAAACCCACCAAGCCUACCUGCCAACUCGUUCUUGCCACGAGCACAGGAAGCGAACCCUGGUGGUCUUAUGGUGGAGAGAGACAACAAAGACGACCCGUCGCCAGUUGUAUCCCUUGAAAAACGAGCCACGGGAGCACCUCAAGAGCCUCAAACUGUAACAGUACCAUACAUCAAUGCAAGAGCCGAUAAAGACGACCCUUCACCAAUCGUGGUCCGCCAAGCCACAGCAGCAGCUGUCGUUGAAGCAAGAGCCGAUAAAGACGAUCCUUCGCCGGUCGUCUCUCUCGGAAAACGAGCAACACCUGUUGUUGACGCAAGAGCUAACAAAGAUGAUCCUUUCCCAAUCGUGGUCCGCCGACCCACAGCAGCAGCUAUAGUUGAAGCAAGAGCUGAUAAAGACGAUCCCUCGCCGGUCGUAUCUCUUGGAAAACGAGCGACACCUGUUGUUGACGCAAGAGCUGAUAAAGAUAAUCCUUCACCAAUCGUGGUCCGCCGACCCACAGCAGCAGCUGUCUUUGACGCAUAG